UACUGGUAACACCAUUGCAUUCGUACGUCACACUGCCGUAGUUGUUUAUCAAUUUCUAGUGCAUAAUUCUAUGGAUUUAUAACAAAUAUCUUAUCAAAUGUGCAUAAAAGUCAGUUGAUUAUAAAUAAUGUCGGAUCAAACAGAUACUUACUGUCGCCUUUGUGCAGAAACAACGCCAAUAACACAGCUAAUAACGGCAGAGGACGACGUCGCCGUGAGCUCCAAAGUUCUAACAAAAAUGCAGUGGAUAAACAUAGAUAUUACUUCUACUGUCCUGCCUACAACAAUCUGUUUCUCAUGUUUCGAUUUAUUAGAGAGAACCUGGGCGUUUCUACACAACGCACGCACCGCGCAAGUGAAACUAGCGUCCAUUUUUGUGAAGAAAACAGUUGACGAUCAAAGCGCAUCAAAUUCUCGUGAAAAGAAAUCGCGAGACAACGUUCCCGUUACAAAACCUGUGGACAAGGAUUGGGAGGACUUUCAGACCACAAAACACGAGGUAAAAGUAGAAAAUAGUGACCAGCUGGACCAUAUUACAACUGUGGACGCCAGUACACUCCUUCAAAUAGAUUUCCAAGUUAAGUCCGAGCAGCUAAGCGAUAAUGAGCAUUACGACAAUUCAAUCGACUCCGAAGGCUUCUCAUCUGACAGCAACGCUCCAUUGGUUGAGAAAAAGAAGAAGUCUAAACGCAAAAAGGGUGAUUACGAACUAAAUGACUUGGGAGUGUCGCUAACUUGGGAAGAAUACAUGUGCCGCUGCGCUCAGUGUGAUGCUCAGUGUAAGAAUAUGGAAUCCUUACAACUCCAUUCCUUGCAAAUACAUUCUUGUUGCUGUGUUUUCAAAUGUUUGGACUGCGAUAAGGUAAUCUCGAGCUACAGAUCCUUUAUAAAUCAUGUACGAACUCAUAACAAAAGUCUCCGACGGUGUUGCGAAUAUUGCAACAAGCGCUUCUCAUCUUCAUCCUGCCUUAAAAAACAUGUCUCUAACGCUCACCGAAAAUCGUACCUAACAACAUGUUCUAACUGCGGAAGCAACUUUGAAACCCCAGAACUGCUACAAGACCACAUCUUAAUUUAUUCAAGAAGUCAAAAGAAGCAUCGGAAACAGGAGGCGCUGGAUUCCGACCUGAAAUGUGAGCAUUGUCACAAAGAGUUUAAAUCUAGAAGUAAUUUGCAGCAACAUAAACUAGUACACAUGGAGCGGAAUAGAGAAUUCGCUUGUCAUAUCUGCGGCAAAAUGUUCUUCACUAAAGGCACGCUGAGCACACAUAUGAAUACACAUGAAGACUCGAAGCCACAUAAGUGUGAAUUUUGUCCGUUAGCUUUCCGAGCCCGCGGUAAUUUAAUAUCCCACAUCAGUCUUCAUUCCGGGGCGAAACCGUUUGUUUGCGAGCAGUGUGGAAAAAGUUUCCGAGUGAAACGGCAUUUGAAAUCACAUUCCAUUGUACAUACAGAUUUGAUGCCGUACGUGUGUGAAUAUUGUAACAAGCAAUUCCGCUUCAAGACUCGUUUGAAUCUCCAUUUAAGACAGCAUACGGGAGCCAAGCCGUACACAUGUAUAUUCUGUCAAAGGGACUUUACGAAUGGAUCGAAUUAUAAGAAGCAUAUGAAACGUAGGCACAAUAUUGACACGUCGAAGAAGAAGUUUAACUCUGUUGGUAAGGACGAGAUGGAUAAUCAGGCAACUAUUCAAGCUGUGCAAGCUACAGUCCAGGCAACGAUACAAGCUAUUCAAGCAACGCAAGCUUGAGUGUUUUCUAUAGAAUCGUAGUAUAAAAGCUAGUGGUAAAUAAAUGGCUAGACAAUAGUAUGGUAAAAUUUCU